AAAAAAAAAGUUGAGAUUCUUGUUGGCUUCUCGAGACUUCUAUACAGAGCGACUCUUCUUUAUUAGGACAACUCUACUUUUUCUCUUCAAUCUCACCACUUUUCUCAGCAAUCAGGGAUUUGUAUUCGGUUUGUGAGUAUUAUAUCGCUAUUUCUGCUACUUUCAGCUCUAUAAUGACUCAUAUCCUUCGAUCUGCCGGUUACUUUAUAUUUAUUUAAUUUUUUUUGUUACUUUCUUUCUGUUUGGAAGCCGAGAAAGUAGAGGAAAUGUAUGGGUUUUAAGUUAAUUGUUAGUAAUUAUCUUUGAUAUUUUUAUUUGUUGUUUAUGUAUUUUCUUGGUUACCAAACAGAUCUUUUCAGUAUUUGAUUUGAUAGGAAAGGAUAUGGUUUGUUUGUGAUGUUUUUUUUCUUUAACUGAAGCGAACGCGGUAAUCAAAGAGAAAAAGACCGCGAAAGGGCUCAAGCCAGGGCUGGUCAAAAGCCCAAGAAUCCCAAGAACGAUGGAGAUGGGUUACUUGAGAAUGAAAACUGACUCCGACGCUAAUGCUUUCAAAAAGUUCGCCAGCCAUUCCAUUAAGCUAGCUUCCCUUGGCUUUGGUACCUCAUUCCUCGAGUGGGUCGCUUCAUUCGCUGCUAUCGAACGCGGUAAUCAAAGAGAAAAAGACCGCGAAAGGGCUCAAGCCAGGGCUGGUCAAAAGCCCAAGAAUCCCAAGAACGAUGGAUUGACCCCCGAACAACGCCGAGAAAGAGAUGCGAAAGCACUCCAGGAGAAGUUAGCUAGAAAAUCUGCACAGACUGGAGGAGGAAAAAAUGGUGUUCUUGGAGGUAAAAACUAGAGUGGGAAUUCAUUAUGAGCAUUUAGGUUAGAUUUGUGGGAAUAUCGUAUUGAAUUAGAUGUGAAAUUGUCUUGGUUUCUGGUCAUGUAGUUUAUGCCAUUCGAGAUGAACAAUUGAUUGUGUUGUUGGCCUUGUAAGGCAUUGAUGUUGGCUAUUAACUAAACCUUUCACUUCUUAUAAUAAUAUGAUUUGGAAUGAGAUUGUUUUUGUACAAA